AUGGCUAUAAAUAAUAGACCAUUCGUCGCUUUUUCUUCUUCUCUUGAGCUCUCUUUGGAAAAUCUCUCUUGAAAGAAAGGGAACAUAACCCUGGCCAUGGCUUUUUCUGAGGUCAACAUCGAAAAGUCCGCCGCUAGCCAUGUUGAAACCGUCUUUGGCAGCGGGGCUAUCAUCGAGGCUAAACAUGCUUCAGAUGAGGAGCACUCGCAGACCCUCUGGCAAGCGUUGCGUUCCAACCGAAAAGCGGUCGCAUGGUCGAUGCUCAUUUCACUUUCGAUUGUUAUGGAAGGCUAUGAUGUCGUACUGAUUAGCAACUUCUACGCCUACCCACAAUUUACCAAAAAAUAUGGCGUCGAUUAUGGUGGUACUACAGGAACGCAGAUUCCGGCUCCGUGGCAAUCUGCCUUGAGUAUGUCCAGCACAGUGGGAACCAUCUUUGGUGGUAUGUUAAACGGUUACAUGACUUCGGUCGUCGGUUAUCGAUGGGUGAUGAUCGCUGCUCUCGCUCUUCUCAAUGGCCUACUCUUCAUCGUAUUCUUCGCGCCUUCGAACGGGGUUCUAGUUGCAGGUGAACUGCUCUGCGGUUUGACUUGGGGUGUCUUUGCCAUUGUUGGCCCAGCGUAUGCGUCCGAAGUAUGUCCUACCAACCUUCGUGGAUAUCUCACUGUCUAUGUCAAUCUAUGUUGGGCAAUCGGACAAUUCAUUGCAGCGGGCGUUCUGCAAGGAUUGGUGGAUAGAAACGAUGAGUGGUCUUAUCGUAUUCCAUUUGCACUACAAUGGAUGUGGCCACUACCUCUGAUGAUUGUUUGCUUCUUUGCCCCAGAAUCACCAUGGUAUUUAGUCCGACAUGAUCGUAUCGAAGAAGCAAAACAUUCUUUGCGGCGCCUUGGUGGAGACAAAACUGAAGAACAGAUUAAUGGACAAUUAGCUAUGCUAGUGCAUACCGCCAAGAUUGAAUCGUCCAUGGAGGUUGGAACUUCAUAUCUUGAUUGUUUCAAAGGAACUGAUUUGCGCCGCACUGAAAUCUGCUGUCUCGCUUUCGUAGGCCAGAUUCUUUCGGGAAGUACAUUCGCCUACUCACCGAGCUAUUUCUUCACAACUGCGGGCAUGAGUACCGAUCAUGCUUAUCAACUGAACCUCGGUGGUACAGCAAUUGCCUUUCUCGGGACCCUUUGUUCCUGGUGGUUGAUCACGCACUUUGGUCGACGAAUUCUAUAUGUUACUGGACAGGGAAUUCUCUGUGCAACAUUAUUCAUCAUUGGUAUAGUCAACUCCGCUUCCAGUUCAACAAGUGCUAUUUGGAUCCAAGCCGGAUUCUGCAUUUUCUGGCUACUGGUCUACUCAUUGACUGUCGGGCCCAUUGCUUACGCAAUUGUGGCCGAAACGUCUUCAGUACGUUUACGCAGUCUGACGGUAUCCCUCGCUAGAGUAUCCUAUCAAAUCACCAACGUGGUGAGUCAGGUUCUUGAACCAUACUUCAUGAACCCGACAGCCUGGAAUGCUUCUGGCAAGACCGGAUUUUUCUGGGGUGGCACGGCGCUUUUGACAUUUAUAUGGGCUUACUUCCGCUUACCCGAGGCCAAAGGUAGAACGUAUGAGGAGCUAGAUAUCAUAUUUUCCCGAAAGAUCAGCGCAAGAAAGUUUGUUUCCCAGGAGGUGGAUGCUUAUGCUGCUAGGGAGGUUGUCAGUGCCGAGAAGGACUAGAGGCUUGUCAUUGGACGUGGUGGUUACCAGCGUUGU